AUGGCGCUAGAUCCAUCAGGUACUUUAUUGGCAUCGUGCUCGAGUGACAAAGGUGUUAAUAUUUUUCAUAGGGAUCCCGUAGAGACAGAGUCCAGUGCCUGGAACCUAUGCUGCAUUCUCAGGGAUCACGUGUCUACAGUGACACGUGUUGCAUGGUGUCUGCAUAGGGAGCAUGGGCCUUUGCUGGCUACUGCAGGUGCGGACCGCUGGAUUUACGUGUACAAGAUGAAUGUCACUAAGCAAGGUGACAAAACAGUGGCUUCUGCAGGGAAGUGUUCAUCUGUUAGAGGUUAUGAAAAGGAUGUGAUCACAGAUGUGGCAUUUAUUCCUCCUCGGCAACAUCAUGUUCUUCUUCUGUCGACCGCAUCACUGGAUGGAUGUGUGCGUCUCUACGAUAUCCAACCAUUGGAGUUGAACUGUGUUUACAAGAUUACUCAAGAGACCGAUGUCUGCCGUCCUCUUGACACGCAGCGUGGUGGAAUUACUUCCAUUGCUUGGUUUCCAAGUUCAGUUGAUGAAGCCAUGACUUUAGCUGUUGGAUGCAUGAAUGGAUGCUUCUACCUUUAUCGGUUUUCGAAGGAACAUGAACAGUUUGAGCGGGUUCGCAACGUACGUCCUGAAAAGGCUGAGGCUUCUAUUCACCAUAUUGUCUGGGGCCCUUCGGUCGGAAGAUCAUUUCAGCUGCUUGUGAUUUGUUGUCGUUGCUGCGUGUACGUUGUGCGACUGAACUGUAUUUCACCUGCUCUUGAAGAUUAUGAUUGUGACGUUUUUCGUUGGCCUCGUGGCGCUGUUUGUGCAGCAUGGAGUCGUUCGGCCACAUUAUUGUACCUGAUUAACGAUGAUGAGGCAAUGGAAAUGACAGUUCUUCAGGCGAGAGACCCUUCAGACCAUCACUCAUGGGAGGAGGUGUCACAGAACAUGCCCUGA